CUUGGCCUUAAUUUUCUCUUUUAGGUCUUCAGUGAGAUAUAAAGAAAUGGCUGAACUUGCCCGACUAAUUGACAGUGAGGUCUUUCUGGCUUAUGCUACUUACACAACCAUUGUCCUUUUAAAAAUGAUGCUAAUGAGUAUUAUAACAGCAUUCUUCAGAAUAACGAGAAAGGCAUUUUCUAACCCAGAAGAUACAGCGACGUUUGGCAAAGGUGAGAAUGCUAAGAAGUACCUGAGGACUGAUACAGACGUGGAACGUGUGCGCAGAGGUCACCUGAACGACCUUGAGAAUAUUGUCCCGUUUAUUGGCAUUGGUCUGCUGUAUGCCCUGAGCGGCCCUGCUCUGUCCACAGCCUUGAUGCAUUUCAGGAUCUUCGUUGGGGCUAGAAUCUUUCACACUAUCGCGUAUUUGAUGCCUCUCCCCCAGCCCAGCAGAGGCUUGUCUUGGGCAGUUGGGUACGCUGUUACCAUCUCCAUGGCGUACAGGCUGCUGACAACUGGGUUGCACCUCUAACUAGAACACAACCUCAUCAACCCCCUCGACAUUCCACAGGAAGUUUCCACAACUGUGCAUUAGAUUAAACAUGUUUCUCAUAAAUGAAUUGUCUCAUUUUUGUUACAAUUAUUACAUGGUGGCCAGAGCUGCAUUAUUUUAAACAAAGAGCUCUUCAUUCCUGUUUGAAAUGUUUCUUUUCCAAGCAAAAAGAAGUUCCUCCCCAUGUCCUCUCUAUUCAGUCUGCUUUUCCAAAAACAAACAUGUUAGUUUGAAUGUUCUCUUCUGAUUUGUUGAUGGCUUCCAGUUUUGAAAUAUGACAGUGCUGUAUCAGUGGUAUGUGUGGUGAUUUUCUACAGAUGCACUCUUUUGGGCUGUGUCUCCAAAGCUUAAAUCAAUAAAGACAAGAAAAAAAAA